AUGAAAUACGUUGUAGACAAGUUUGAUCCAGAUAUAUUCAAUGAAAUGACACUGAUUCCAAUAAUAAUUUUUAGCUUAUUAACGCUUAUUUAUGUGCUUUUAUUUAGAGAUAUGAGGAAACUUGACAUGCUUACUGGAAAAUUCUUAAAAGCUAAAAGUAGAUUUAUUAUAAAAUCUAUUAAAAAAUCAAUUGAAAGUGUCGUUUAUGACACAAAUUUUAAUACAAUUAAAAAAAUUAAAAAAGACCUGGAAAGAAUGAAGACAGCAAUCAUUCAAAAUUCAGAAAAUUUUGGCACAAGACCAAUUGAGGAUAAAAAUUUUGCUAAUUUUUUAUUGACAAAAGAUAGGAUUAUUAAGCAUUCAAAAGAAGCACUAUUUAACAUUCAUAUGAAUGAAAUUAGGCCUAUAAUUGAAAAUCUGGAAGACGAAAAUCAGGAGUUUCAAGAACUAAUAGCAAAAAUAAAACCCAGAAAAAAAUGUUUUGCAAGGCUUGUCUCUAUUUUUAAAACCGACCCAAAUGAAGCUAGAAUCUUUAAACUUGUUGAAGAAAAUAAUAAUCAAAGAACUAAAUUAGAUAAAAAGACGAAAAAGAGGAUCAUCGAAGAUAUGAAAAAUGACUCUAGAAAUAAUAAUCAUGAGAAUGGAGUAGUUAAUGACUUCGAGCAGGAACCAAACGAAGAUAUUUUUAUAAGCAUUGACUCACAAAAAAGUUGAUUCAAUUACGACAUAAAUUCUUAUGGGUUCUUUAUAAAAUUUUUGGAAAAUCAUAUGAAAAAUAACUACAAGCCUGAGAAAUCUUUUAUUUACUAUUUUCUCCAAAACAGCUUGGUUUUUGGAUUAAUUAGCUUUACAGAUUUAAAUUUUACGAGGACAGCGAGACUUACUUUAUUAAUGAUAAAUAUUUUCCUUUGCUGCUGGAUUACAAUACUAUUUUUUGGAGCUCAAACGUAUUUUUAUAGUGAAUUCUCUAUCCUUAACUUUUCUCAAGUUCAACUAGUUUUAUAUGCAUUUACGCUCGUAAUUAAUCAAGCUGUUCUUAUGGCUGGGCAAUUUUUGCCUAGCAAUUAUCUUGAUAAAGAGUAUUUAGAGGAAGGAAAAAAAUAUUCAAAUAAAUUAUCCAAGGUAUCUUUUGGUGUGUGCUGGCUUUUUAUGAUAGGAAUGUUUGUUUCUUCAUGCAUUAAUGCAGGAAAUUUAGACUAUGACCAGCAGGUAAGUUUAAUUCAAACCAUUAGCGUUAAUUAAACUUAUCGAGAAUUCUACAAGGAUUAUCUCCACCCGUAACGCUUCACUGCCUGCUUGCCAGUUCGCAUUUCAUGAAUUACGAAGAUUAAUCCUGCCGAACAGGGCCUGAGUUCACUGCCAAUAGGGAUGAGUCGAGUAGCUAACCACCACUAAAAAUUCAAAAGGGUUGAAUUUUCUGGUCGAUUCUUAGCUAAGAUGGAAAUUCUUAGCCCAUAGCGUAACUCCAGCUUCAUACUGAGGAAUAGUCCUAACUGGUCAGGACGAACGCCAUAGACUCUGUGGAAAAACUCCUUUCCAACUUCCAGACCCAUAUACUACUGAGGGAAAAACUUGGCAUGGAGUAGAGUAUACAGCCCAUCAAAUUAAUUCAAACCAUUUUUAUUAGUAUGUUUACAACAGUUAUUUUUAUAGGAGUGAUAAAGCCAGCAUUAAUUGCAUUGCAUAAAACAAUUGGAAUUCAAAUUAUUAUUAAAAGGUGGCUAUUGGCAUGCUAUGCAGCGUUCAAGAGAAUGUUUUGUUGCAAAAGGAGAGAAAAUGCUUCAAUACAUCCAGAAAAUGAAGACUUAAUCAUAAAUGCUGCAGAAGAACAAAUCUAG